AUGACAAAGUUGAAUGUUGGCACAGCUUCAAUACAAGGACAGAUACUAGCAUGGCUUCAUGGUACGAGGUUCAACCAUCCAAAUGGCUUAAGCAAUGAAAAACUUGAGGGAAGGGGAACGGUUGACACCACUUUCUUCAUUGAAACUGAUUUACGUCCGGGAAAAAAAAUGAAGUUGCAUUUCAGUACUGCAAAUGGGGCGACUUUCUUACCUCAUCAAGUUGCAAAGUCUGUUCCCUUUUCAAGUGACAAGUUACCAGAAAUUUUAAAUCGUUUUUCGGUAAUCGACAAAUCUGAGGAAGCAAAGAUAAUAAAAAGCACAAUUGUGACGUGUGAGACCAAAUGCGUUGAUAGAGAAGGUUGUCUCUGUGCAACAUCUUUAGAAUCAUUAGUAGAUUUUAGUGUUUCAAAACUGGGAAAAAAUGUUCAAGUACUUUCAACCCAGGUGCCAAAAGAAACUGAGAAGCAAGAGUAUCGCAUUACAGGAGUGCAAAGGAUUAAUGCAAACAAAGGGGUUGUGUGUCACAAGCAAAACUAUGUGUAUGCUGUUUUCUAUUGCCAUGAAAUCCAUGAUGCAGGGACUUACAUGGUUCCAUUGGUGUCCUCUGAUGGGACCAAAGUCAAUGCAAUAGCUGCUUGCCAAACUGAUGCAUUUGUUGGAAAUGCUUUUAAUGUGCUCAAAGUUAAGCCAGGAACUCUCCCUAUAUGCCACUUCCUUGAUGGUGAUUCCCUUCUUUGGGUUCCAAAUUUGAUGUAUGAAGAAAGGAUCUAGACCAGGCUUCUUGUAUUUAUAGUUUGUGUUAAA